AUGGCUUCUUCUAAAGUCCUCGUCGGCGUCAUUGGUGGUUCGGGGCUGUACCACCUCGACAACCUUACCUUUGUGAAGAAGGUAGACAUCACCACGCCAUGGGGCAAGCCCUCGUCGCCCAUCACCAUUUCCAAGCUGCCUAACGGCGCUGAAAUCGCCUUCAUCUCUCGCCACGGCCCCCACCACACCAUCACGCCCUCCGAGGUUCCCGUGCGCGCCAACAUUGCCGCACUCAAGAGCCUGGGCGUCCAGGCGAUCGUGGCGUUCUCGGCAGUCGGCAGUCUGAGGGAGGAGAUUGCGCCCGGCCACUUUGUCAUUCCGGACCAGAUUAUCGACCGGACCAAGGGUAUUCGGGCUGACACGUUCUUCCGCGGCGAGGGGGUUGUCGUUCACUCGAUGUUUGGCGACCCGUUCUCAGGACAGCUCAACGCUUUCAUCGCGCCCCGUGUGCAGAAGAUCCUCUCCGAUCUCGGGGGAGAGGUCAAGCUCCACACUGACCGUACGGUUGUUUGCAUGGAGGGCCCGGCUUUCUCGACCCGUGCGGAGAGUAUCAUGUACCGCCAGUGGGGUGGUGACAUUAUCAACAUGAGCGUUAUUCCCGAGGCCAAGCUCGCGCGCGAGUGCGAGAUUGACUACUCCCUCAUCUGCACGGCUACCGACUACGAUGCGUGGCGUGUCGGAGAGGCCCCCGUCACGGUCGAGGAGGUCGUCAAGACCCUCACUACCAACGCGGGCAACUCGCGCGCCGUUGCCGCUGGCAUCCUCGAGGAGGUCUACGCCCACGUCUCGGCCGGCGAGCUCACUGAGAUUGCGGGCUCGAUGAAGUUUGCCUGCAUCACGCGUGCGGAUUCCCAGCCCAAGGCCGCGCGCGAGAAGUUUGCGUUCAUCCUCCCGGAGUACUUCAGCUAG